AUGGCGGACUACGAUAGACGCCAGUCUGGCGGGUAUAAUAACCGCAAGAGGCGAUAUAGAGGAGCUCUCAACACAGAUGACGAUGAUCACUACGACCGCCGUCAACAGCGCCGACGCAUAGAUUCGGCACCUGUACCGGUCCGUCUUCGACGUCAGCUCCUAAGCCUUGCCGAUUCCCCGUUGCGCCGAUGGUCCGAAGAAGUCACGUCCCUUGCGCGAAUGGUCACGGACAACUACGAAGACGAAAAUCUGCGCAACAACUUUGUCGACCUUGUGCUGCAGCUAGCCGUGGAGCAACCCCUCAAAACGCCAUUUGUCGGUGCCGUCGUGGUGGUGGCUAAUACGUUCAAGGCGGAACUGGUGGAUGUGGUACUUGCACGUCUGGCAACUGGGCUGGAGCAGAAUAUCGCAAAGGGCCAGUGGAGAGAGGUGAAGCUCCUGCUGAAGCUUCUGGCAUGUCUGCAAGGGUGCUUGGAAGGGAAUGGCAUCUUUCCGUUGUUGGAGGAGUUGUUUAUGAGGGCUGCAGAUUUGCAGACUGCAAGCUCGGAUGAUGUAAGUGGCCUUGGCUUGCCAAGUUUCAUUGUGUAUUUGUUCAUUCUUUUCUUUUUGGUUGUGUUAAUGCUUGAAGCGCAGGUUAUCGGAACAGAAAUCGUCAAGAUUAUUCUUCUUACUAUUCCUUAUGCGAUGGCUGCUGCGCCAGGUCAAUUUACUCAACAAGCCGCGGACAUUAUGGAAAAGACGGACGUCAUUGCUUCUGAACCCCACGCUCUUCAAGCCCUCGUCGAUCCGUUCCAUCCCGAAGGAAAUGACGAAAGCCCUACUGCAUCAAUGAGCCUGUGUAUGUUGCUCCAGAAACAGUUGCAGGCUGAGGCGUCGAAGAACUGGGCGCUUGCUUGCAUCCCUCGACCGUGGCAAAUGCCGCUAGAGGAGGUCGAGAUUCAAGAGAAGCUUGCGAGUGCGACCAAGCAUGCACUUCCUGCGAUUGCCGUCCCUCCCACGGCCAUCGCUGGGCCUCGUCUGUUGUUCCCGGAGAUUUACUUCUCUGUGUACGGCGAGCAAGAGGUCGAAUCGGUCCCGCCUCCAAGCAACAUUGCCGCAUCUCUUAUCCGUGAUUCACUCGCUGACACCAUCAACGUUCUGCACUUCAACAGAAAUGCUACUGCUCGAUUCUUGAUGGAUCUUGAUUGCUACUUCGCCGACGGGACGUUUGUCAAGCGGGCUACUCCAUUUGACGAGCUGCGCAACCAGCCUGAUAAUCGAUCAACAUGGAAGCCAGAAGAUGUUGCAGUGGAUGCCGUCUUUUCACAGCUUUUCCAGCUUCCCAAGUCUGAACACAAGGUCGUGUACUAUCACGCCGUCCUGACCGAAGCCUGUAAACUUGCUCCAGCAGCUAUUGCCCCCAGUCUUGGAAGAGCCAUACGAUUUCUGUACCGCAACACGCCACGGACAGACCUUGAACUAAGCUACCGUUUCUUGGAUUGGUUCUCACAUCAUCUCAGCAACUUUGGCUUCACUUGGAAGUGGGCUGAGUGGUCCGAGGAUACUGGCUUACCUGACCUCCACCCAUGCAAAUGGUUCCUGCUGGGCGCCUUGGACAAGGAGAUUCGGCUAAGUUUUGCACAGAGAAUUCAGAAGACGCUCCCAGAGCCAUACCAACCGCUUAUUGGGCCUGAAAAGGAGAAAGACGUGCCUGAUUUCAAGUAUACAAAUCCUGGUAAGUACACAUAUUCUCGCUUCCAGGAAAUAUCAACCUUUUUUGCUGGGAACAAAAGGGGAACAAAUAAGAAAACCACAAGGAAAACAAACGAGGCUAACCGCAACACAGAUACCCCCUUUGCCAAGGAAGGCCAAGAAAUCAGCGCCCUCCUGCGACGCAAAGCAACAGAUGAGGAAAUCCAGCCCCUCAUCGACAGCAUCCAAGCCCAAGCCAAGGAGCAAGCUCUCGACCCCGUCGUCGCCAGCACAGAUGUCUUCAUGACAGCUGUGUGCUGGGUCGGAUCCAAAUCACUGAGCCACGUGCUCGCAUGCAUCGACCGCACAAAGGGUCGCCUCAUCGACGUCGGCAGCGCGCACCCGGCCGCCCGCUCCCAAAUCAUCUCGUCCAUCAUGAACUACUGGGCCGCCCACCCGGGCGUCGCCAUCACCAUCAUCGAAAAGCUCCUCAACUACUCCAUCCUGACGCCCCUUUCCAUCGUGGAUUGGACCCUCGUCGCCAGCAGCCCCUCCAACGGCACGCAGGGCGGCGAAGCCCUCGGCCGCUCUCACAUGUUCGAGCUCGUGGCCAACACGGUCGCCAAGGUGAGCGGGCGCGUCCGCCAGCUCCUCACGUCUCCCGACGCAGACGCCGACACCCGCGACAAGGAGGUCUCCUCCAUGCGCGACCUGUUCGCCGCCAUCAACGACGCCCUGGCCAGCUGGGCCUCGGGCACUAAAGACCAACUCAUGGAGGACGGGGACGGGUCCCCGGAGCGAGAGGCCAUGAUCCGGAGAUGGGGGCAGCGCUGGCUCCGCGUUUUCCAGCGCCUAGCCGCCAUAGAGGAGACGUUUGUUGCCGAGGCCAAGAACGGCCGGUGGACAAGCAGCACAGCCGACGCCGCAAGUGAAGGGGCGACGCAACCAGGCGGCGGCCAGGAGUGA